AUGAGAUGCCAUAAGAAAAAACGGGUAGACAACGAUGUGAUGCGGCAUCCUGCAGAUGGGGAGGCAUGGAAAGAGUUCGAUCGAACAUUCCCCGAGUUUGCUGCUGAUUCCCGAAAUGUUAGAUUGGGACUUGCCACUGACAGAUUCAAUCUGUCAAUCGAUGUUUACUUACGGCUGUUGGUUGAUGAGCUCAAGGAUUUAUGGACAAACGGUGUGCGCACGUAUGAUAAAUCCACUGGGAAGAUGUUCACUUUUCCGGCAGCAGUUAUGUGGACUGUGAUUGAUUUUCCCGCAUAUGCAAUGGUUUCUGGGUGGAGCACAAAGGGUUAUAUGGCAUGCCCUGUAUGCAAGGAAGAUAUAACUUCUAGUUGGCACGCUGGAAAAGUUUGUUACCUUGGUCAUCGGAGAUGGUUGCCAUGGGACCACGAGUGGUGGGAAAAGGAUAAAGAGUUCGACGGGAACACAGAGCGUCGCCUCGGACCUAGAGAUUGGUCCGGUGAUGAGAUCUUGGAACAGCUUAACCGUUUGAAUUUUGCUCUGUUCGGGAAAACAAUUAGUCGGACCAGACCUGCUACACAUAUGAACUGGACGCACAAGCCUAUAUUUUUCGAGCUCCCAUAUUGGUCAAAACUAAAAUUGAGGCACAAUCUCGACAUUAUGCAUGUUGAGAAAAAUGCCUUUGACACAUUGAUGGACACGAUCAAAGCUCGUCUUGAUUUGGAAAGAAUGGGCAUACGAAGGGGUUUAUGGAUGAAAAGGGACAGCGAUAAAGCUAGAAGGGAUCUUGCAUUUUUUUCCAUUAAACCAAAUGACAAAAAAGAAUUUCUAAAGUUUGUAUCGUCUGUAAAGUUUCCUGACGGAUUUUUUUCCCAACUGAUGGCAAAAACUUUGCGAAAGAUAGACAUUAAUCAGUUGCUCCAUGACAUUGUCCAAGUCCUAUGCAAGUUUGAGAUGAUAUUCCCUCCAUCUUUCUUCACAAAUAUGAUUCACGUGAUGGUUCACUUGCCAGAAGAGGCAUUGCUUGCUGGUCCAGUCAACUAUCGUUGGAUGUAUCCAAUAGAAAGGCUUCUCGGAGAGCUGAAAAAAAGCGUACGCAACAGAGCGAAGCCCGAAGGAUCAAUUAUAGAGGCUUGGGUUCAAUAUGAGGCGCUUACUUUCUGUGGAAUGUAUUUAAAAGAUAUGGACACUGCUUUCAAUCGUCCUCAGCGCAAUAAUGACAGAGGUGUGAGAAAUGAGAAACUUUCUGUUUUUGCCCAAAGCGCACGACCCUUUGGAGAUCAUGUACGAGGAGAGUCGUUUUCUAGAAAUGACAUGGAGGUAGCCCAUUGGUUCAUACUGAACAAUUAUGAUGAGAUAAUGGCAUACUUAGAUGAGCAUGAAGAGAUGAUGAAGCGAGAACAUCCAUCACAUUUGUAUUCCAAGAAACACCAUGAAUUGUUUCCACAAUGGUUUUUGGAAUAUGUGAAUAAAUUGAAAUCAGAGAAUUCUCCCACUUAUAGUGAAGAGUUAUAUAACUUGGCAUUCGGCCCAAUUCGCGCUGAAUUGUUCUCGGGUUGCCAUGUUAACGGCGUCAAGUUUUUGGGGACUGCACGAGAUGACAAAUUGUGUACGCAAUACAGCAGUGUCCAUGUCCUAGGUGGAGGCGAAAGUACGGACAUUGAUUUCUAUGGCAAACUCACAACUGUCGUGCAAUUGCUUUACAAAGACUGA